CCUAUUCCAACUGCCCAGCCAUGCUGCGCUGCACUGCACCUCCAGAGUGCUGAGAGCCUUCCGCAAAUCAUCGACUCUCGCUUCCGAUAUGAUCUUCUUCUUCUUAUAAUCAUUCUUGGGGAGGCAUAGCAGCAACUGCGCUGGUUGUGAGGGUGGAGGGCUAUUUGCUGGUGGAGGCGGGAGACGCUGCUGUCGCGUACCUUAUUGCGCGCGUCCAUAGGUCACCCCUUCAUAGAAGUGUAGAACCAGCCUUACCUUAUGGUGUCUCCAGCCGCCUUUUCCACCGGUCUGCUCUGAAACAGGACUCACGACGGCCUCACAGAGAGCCUAUCACGUGAUAGCGAAUUGACGUUCAACAACUUGGAAGACUCUAUCCAUUUCCUGCUCUACGCCAGGAUAAAGGUCCUGCGACCGGCCAUUAAAGGCUAAGACAAGGACGUUAUAUUGCUCUGACAGCAGCGGGCAUCUUGAAUCUAGAGAGCAUCUCCGGCCAUAUGGCCUUUCAACGCCCACUUCCUCUUGUCAUUGAUCUGCUUAGUAGUGAUGAUGAUGACGACUUUCCACCUCCACGUAGACGACCUCUUGUCAGACAUACAGAUCCUAUUGACCUGCGAACACCGUCUCCUCCCUCUCGUCCACAACGCACUGGUGCCUCCAAUGCUGGUACGCAGGCUGAGGAACCAUCCACGACGAUCUCCAAUUUUGCUCAUGCUACACCCCAAAGAUUUGGAAGGAUCACUGCAACACCAGCCGUAAAGUUCUCUCCCGCUUCACCGACCCAAGCAUAUUCCUCGAAGCCUUCACCACAUACACAUUUCCAACCAACGUUCACACCAACUCGGGGCUCACCAGGAAAUCCUACAGAGCCAGUCAACAAGGAGUUAAAAUUUUACGAUCUACCUCUUGGAGUAUCUCCUCCACAUGCGCCCAAAAUAAGAGAGCCUCUCGCCUCUGGUUCAAGGGGUACUCCAGAUCCAGCUUUCAACCAAGCCCCUAAGCCUACAGAGGCUGUCCCACGAAAUGUUGUUGGAGAACAUUCUCUGAUGUAUCGAUCCAGAUCUGAAGCCAAGGAUGACAGGGAUGAAGAUCUGGACCAGGGCGAAGAUGAGUAUCAGGAAGAAGAUGAAGAUAGCAGUCACGAUGAAGACAAGGACCAGAAUGAAGAUGACAAGAUGGAAGGCAUCUUCUCUUCCCAGAGCCAGAUGCCUCCAACUGGCUCUCCUUCCAAACAGUCAAACAGCGAACGGAGAUCACGAAAUGACAAUUCUUCAAUUGGCUCAACAUCGCCACUUAUUACUCGUCUACAACAGAAAAAGCAGAAACAAAUCGUUGGAGAGUCUUUGUCAGAACGUGGAAGUCAGUCUCCCAGGAAACGCAUGGCGCAACUAGCCAAGUUUGACACACAAAAGGAUGCGUUUGACUUGGAUGACCGAUUGCGUGGGUUUUUGCAAGGCAUGAGAGAUGGCCACGCGUUGUCCACAAGAUAUGUUUUGGCCGAUGCACGAAUGGCUGCUCUGGAGAGGAAUUCUCGGGCAGUAGACAAAAUCUCGCCUUUUGCCUUUAUGGCCUCUGUGGUAUUAGAGCCGGGAGCCCAAGCACCAGAUGGUACGACAAGGGACGUUCUCUAUCACUACCCUGUCCAGAAGAGCGGCAAGCUGGGCAAAGGUAAGAGCACGCUUUUCGCUAAACAGGUGUUUGGUGACGCUCCUCGAGUACCAAAGUACAGUUCGCAUAUGAAUGUUCGGCGCAAUAUCCUUAAGGCAGAUGAUGAGAAGUUGAAAUUCAUACCGUUCUUAGGCGACUCUGGAACGAGAAAUGAAGCCAACUUCAGCCGACUUGUCAAGGAGCUGGAACAAGUCUACAGUCCCCGGAGUUCCGUUACCAGCCGUGAAACAGAGGAAAUUUCUCGUAUUCGACAGUAUCUGCCGAUGUGGCUGGAAGAACUUCAACUUGGCUUUGACUUGCAAGCACUCAAACAUUACCUUCUACUGCAAAACGAGGAGAGCGGUGAACUUGGCAUAGACCGCCGCCAGCGGAGAUUACUCCUGGAAUCUUUUGGUGGGCCACUAGAUUAUCGCAUAGGAGAAGCUGCUAGCAACUUUUGUGAUGCUUUCGAGACAGUAUUCGAUAUCGAGACACAGGAUGUCGUUCUCCCAGCUAGUCUGUUGAAGGAAAUGAUUGAAAGUGCGACCAAGAAGCCCAACCCUACCUCAAAUCGGAUUGGGACAUACGCAGAUCUUACGUGUUUGAUAUGUGCAGCGAUCGAUUGUCCGACACAUGGGGAUUUUCUUCAUGAGCCGAUAAACUUCAGCGAUGUUGACGAUGAGGCCCCUCAAGGACCACCUGAAAUGAAAUACAAUCCGAAGCCUCUCAAUCUGAACUAUGAAGAUACGCUCCGUCGAUUUAAGCAUCAAAUUCAGGACGAUAUUGAACCUCUUCCUCAGAAUAAAAAGAAGUCCUGCUCGAAUGACUGUUACAUGGCUACUGAUUUCUCGGAUUUGGACUACGAGUUCGACGAGGAGCACCUAGCAAUCCUUUCCCAAAUGAUUGCCACCUACCGACAUCCCAACUACCGAUCUUGCUAUAUAGCUUAUGCUCUAAAUAUUCCCUGCUGGACUGUUUGGGCUGAAAUUCAGCAGUACGAGAGCGAGCAUCACGCAGAGGAAAUCGAGGAACCUCCUCAUGGACGGCCCAAGAAACUUGAAUGGUAUGACAACAAGAGGAAGGCCCUCCGAGGAGACUUGAAUGAUUACACAGAUGCACAUAAGCAUGCAGAGAGAAAACAAGUAGUUGCUUGUGGACACCCAGGACCUUGUAUCGCUCGGCCAGGCGAUGACGAGACUUCAUGCCCAUGCGCCACCGCAAAUCUUUUGUGCGAGAGCUUCUGCGGCUGCUCAGACGACUGCCCAAGAAGGUUUACCGGCUGCUCUUGUCUGGCGUUUGGCCUGUCCUGUACAUCAGACAGCUGUAUCUGUAUUAAAAUGAAUAGGGAAUGUGGUCCAGAAUGCGGCUCUUGCGGAGCACUAGCCCGUAUCAACCCAGCCAACAAGUACGAUGAUGCACUCUUCACAACAGGCUGUCAGAAUAUCUAUCUGCAACGAGGCGUUUCUAAAGCGAUGGUUAUGGGUGAGAGUCAGCUUGUAGGGUUCGGACUGUACCUAGCAGAACCAGUGAAGAAAGGCGAUUAUCUCAGCGAGUAUUCUGAACAUCUCAUCCGAAGAGGCCGACCGAAGAGGCAUAGUCUACGACCGCAAACUCCUUUCUUUUCUAUUCGACCUCAACAAAGAGCGCGUAAUCGACGCCGCGCGCCUUGGAAACAAAACUCGCUUCAUCAAUCACAGCGGUAGCGCCACUGACGGGCUCAAUUGCGAGGCGAAGAUCGUCCUCGUCAAUGGCGAACACCGCAUCAAAUUCUUCGCUCUCCGCGACAUCGACGUCGGCGAGGAACUCCUCUUUAAUUAUGGGGAGAAAUUCGCGAAGAAGCAGGGACUCAAUAAGACCUUGCCGAAGGCACAGGCUGGAGGUAAACGUGGUGUCCUGGAGGGAGAGGAGGCCCUGGAUGCGCUGGAUGGGAUGGAUCAGAGGAAGAAGGGGUCGAGGGAGAAGAUCAGUGCUAUUCGUGGCGGUGGCAAGGCGGGGGAUAAGAAGGGAAGGGGGUGUAAGAUGCGGAAGACUGCUGCGCCGAUGGGACCGGUUGUGGAAGAGAACACCAAUGCUGCUGAGACUGAGGAGGAUGCUGAGGAGGAUGACGACGAUGGAUCUGUGAGGCCGAGAAGGAAGAGGUUCAGACCGACGAGAUACACUCGGUGAUUGAUCCAUGGGCUGUGGUGGUGAACCGCUAGUCUUAGGAGCAAGAUUACCAGUGAUCCAGCUUACUAUACAUAAGCGUAACCGAUUCUUCUGAGCGUAGAGGAAACUCGCUUGCAAGGACAUCAGUUGGUCCGACAAUGGAAAAUUCAUGGGUAGAACCCAUUCUGACGACGCCAUGGGCAAAGAUACAAUGUCCGAUUAAGACGCUUCCAAAACACGAAAGUCCGACGUUUUCCCCAUGAUACUUUGUUUCAUAUGCUCUGAAAAUAGCUAAUCAGCAAUUGCAUACCGAGAUAUCGAAUGAUUGUCUUUGGACUUCCGAUCGUUAUUCAGUGAAGCUUAACGCGCAGCAAAUUCUCUCGAUUGGCCACACCUGGCCAAUAAAUACUGCCUCUUCGGAUAUGAAUAGUAAGUAAACAUAGAUGAGUCAAUAAAUAUACCUCGAGCUUCCCAUCCCCAUUCCCAUACCCAAACUCGGAGCCAGAAAACACCCAAACGAGCCACCUUGGAUGAUCGACGGCAGUCGUUCAUCCGACACGUGACCCUGCUUCCCGGCUGAUCAACAAUGGAAGUUGGAACACCUGCCUGCCUGCAGGUGCAGCCAUUACCUGAAGUAGUCAGGUACAGCACAGCCACUACACUACGGGGACUAGAGUAACAUCGCCGGACUAUCUGGCCAUCCCAAACCCAUCCAAGACUAGGUAACACCACUAAGUCACCAUUUGCCUGGAUUCAAGAUUAAGGUAAGAUUAAGAUUGCUUCAUUAUUUGCCAAAACGUCGUGUGGUUCGAAAACGGUGACGUAGCGUCGUCAGUCACCGACGUACCGUAGUACUGUAGUACAGUAGUGGCGUUUGUUGUCUGGUCUCGGAUGUUGUUUCGAUGUGUACCGAGCCGAACAGAACAGAACAGAACAGAGCAGAGCAGUAAGUUCUUACAGUACAGUAACAGGUGGGGGAAGGUCUAGAUGCUACUGUACUGUACCAACCUGCGGAGGCAGAUACCCUAAGGCGGCCUGAUAAGUAGAAAACUGUGGAGCCGGAUGGAGCAGAAGACUCGGGAGGGCAGGGCAGGGCAUAUAUCCUGGCGGAGAUCAUGAUGGAUGCGGCCAGAGCCAGAGGAUGCUGGGGAUGUCUAGAUCGGGUGGACGUUUCAUGGUGUUCGUGCUGUGUUUGUGCAUGGUAAUUUACAAUAAUGGCAGCUCGGGCAGCUACUGUUCAAGUCCCGAGACGCAAGGAACGGGACUUGAAAGAAGGGAGCAAGACGGAAUCAAUAAUAAUCGAAGUCGGAACUGGAACUGGAACUGGAACUGGAACUGGAAGAGCAUGGCAAUUGGCACGGCAUGGCGUUGAGCUCUUGCUCCAUCCUCCUCCAUUAUUGGCUGCUACUGUUAUACUGUACUGUACUGUACUAUACUGUACUGUACUUGAUUUGCCCGGCGCUGCUCUCGUGCGUCAACGAUUGUUUUGUUCCACAUCCGGCUGGUUCUGGUUCUGGUUCUGGUUCUGGUUCUGGUUCUGGUUCGGCACUGCACUGCACUGCACUGCACUGCGCUGCGCUGCACGGAGUCUAGCGGGUUGCUUAGUUGCUGCACUGGCUUCUUCUGGGUGCUGGGUAACCUUCCAAUUAGGCUACGAGUACCAGUACUCGUGCUGUAAGUAGUUAGUGCUGGGAUGAGAGGCCACCUCCUACGUCAUCGCUACAGUAUCCUGGUUGCUCGGCUGCGAGCCUGCGACUGGUGACGCUCGACGGGGACGGGCACAGGCACACGCAGCUAAGAGCUCCCUCUCCCUCCUAAAUAACAGAGAGGUCGCAACAGCCGCCUCUUCUACUCCCCUUCCUCUUCCUCUUCUCUUCUCUUCUCCUCUUCAUAACAAAACAAAACAACUCCUCCUGAUCACUGCUCAGCCAUCAUAUCACAUCAUAUCAUCUUUGAUACCCACGAUCACUCCGCUCUGCUCCGCUCUGCUCUGCUCUGCUCUGCUCUGCUCUGCUGUGAUAACCUAGAGUCUUCCAACAGCUAUCCACACCGGUCGUCAGCUUUGCGCAUUCCGCAGCUUCCGUCAACAUGCACCGCACUUAUUCUAUGAGACAAUCGCGGGCUCCUACUGCCUCGCAACUCCAGAACCCUCCCCCACCAGCCUCCAGCACAAAGGCAGGCAGACUCUUCGGAAAAGGUGGACUCG